AUGAAGGGUUGCGCAGCAUUUGUGGCGAGCGCUCUCGCUACUUUAACAUCGGCCGCCUGUCCUCCUAGAGUACAGGAGGCACAGAACCGCACAUUCCAUUGGGGAACACUAGGAGCCGGCAAGCUUCCGAAAUUCCUUCGGAACAAUCCUCUGCCCGGAGGUACGCCCUGGGGAAACAUCAAUCCCAAGACUGUCAAUCCGCGGAUUCCUCCCACGACCGGAGUAACGAGGAAGUAUGACUUUACUAUCAGUCGUGGAUCGCUUGCACCGGAUGGCUACCUGAAGGAGAGCGGCAUCCUUAUCAACGGGCAGUUUCCUGGGCCAACCAUCGAGGCGAACUGGGGUGAUAUGAUCGAAGUCAAGGUCACCAACCAAAUCACUGCUCCAGACGAGGGAACCGCUCUGCACUGGCACGGUCUCUUUCAGAACGGUAGCGCAUGGUACGAUGGUGUGCCCAGUGUAUCGCAAUGCCCUAUUGCUCCCGGCGCGAGCUUCACAUACAAAUUCCAGGCUGGAGUCUUCGGAACGUCUUGGUACCACUCUCAUUACUCCGCUCAAGCCGCCGGUGGUCUCUUCGGUCCGCUCGUCGUCUACGGCCCCUCCCACGUCGACUAUGACGAAGACAUUGGUCCGGUCAUGCUUACAGACUGGUUCCACAAGGACUACUUCCAGAUCGUCAAGAACGUCAUGAGCAACAACUCCACUCUUUGGGCGAACCCAUCUGAUAACACUCUGAUCAAUGGACGCAUGCCGUACAACUGCAGCCAAGUGACCGAUGGUACUCCUUGCGGAGACGCGCCAUACGCGAAGUUCCGAUUCCAGACCGGCAAGACGUAUAAGCUUCGAUUGAUCAAUGCUGGUGCGGCGGGCAUGGAAUACUUUAGCAUUGAUGGUCAGACGCUCCAGAUCGUUGCCAACGAUUUGACAGACAUCGAACCUUACAACACUACGGUUGUGACUCUGAGUGUUGGGCAAAGAUCCGACGUGCUCUUUACGCCCAAGGCGGUCAACGGCACAAAGGCGAUCUGGAUGCGCACUUUGCAGUCUGGAAAAUUCUGCCAGCGCGCUUCGAACCCCGCUGGACGUGCCAUCGUCCUGCUCGACGGAGCAUCCGACAACACAAUCCCGAAGACCACAGCUUAUCCUGCUCCAGUUGAUGACGGCACCUGCAAGAACGAUCCUCUCGAGCUCUCGGUCCCAUUUUACGAGGAGGAGCUACCCGCGCCAAGCACUACUAUCCAAAUCACCGUCAAUACCAUAGUGAAUGCGACCGGCCACCAGCUGUACACGAUGAACGGUUCUCCCUUUAUGGCAAACUACAACAACCCGCUUCUCGGCCUUGCCUACCAGAAGAACUACUCUUAUCCCACCCAGUGGAACACUUAUAACUUUGGCUCCAACUCCAGCGUGCGAGUCGUCAUCUGGAAUAACUCUUCCGGCCCUCAUCCCAUGCACAUCCACGGCCACGACAUGUACGUCCUCUACGACGGCAACGACAAAUGGGAUGGCAGCACCGUCGUCAACCCGUCCAAUCCUCCCCGCCGUGACACACACAACCUGCGCCCACACGGCUGGAUGGUGAUGCAGUACAACCUGGACAAUCCAGGCGUCUGGCCUUUCCACUGCCACAUCGCCUGGCACUUGAGCAUGGGCAUGUAUGUCAAUUUGAUGGAGAACCCGGCGGAUAUUGACCAGAGCGUGAUCCCGAGCAUGAUGGCGCAGACGUGCGACGCGUGGAAUCAGUAUUCGAGCACGCAUGUUGUGGAGCAGAUUGAUAGUGGCGUGUAA